AUGUUGGCGUGCGAGGACUCGGCGGGACGCCUCCCUGCGCUCUUCGUUUCCUCCGCGGGUGCGUCGUGGACGCACUUCACGAGCGGGUUUGACGGCGAGAACGGCUUUUACACAAGCGCCAAUGGCAUCGUGGUUCUCCUCCCCAGCGGCGCACAACUGGAGUUCUCCCCGGGCCUCGAGAUGCGCGGCAUCUCGCGGUCCGAAUGGAUUCGCGCAGCCAGAGCGUCCGCGUUUCCCCACUCCAAACAGUACCCGCGAAUCGCAUUACUGGACCCAUCCGCAUUCGAAGGAAGCUUAACGGGUGCGGCGCCCGCGGGGUCUGUGCGCAGUCUUUGCAUCCCCUCUCAACGUCUGCAGGCGGGAUCGGGCCUCGCCAUAUACGGACGCCGUCCUGCGUGGAUAGGCAAAGGCUUCUCCGGAUACUGCGAGAUUGUGCUCCCAAGCUGGACGCUGCAGCACUUCCGUGCACUCGGCGUUACGUUAGACGGCUUAAAGAUCAAGGACGGCACCAGGUCCAAGGCUGCACGUCUAGCCUACCAUAUACACCACCACACGCUCAAGCUUCUCCACGCCACCACUCAAACUACUGUGGUGGUCACGGUAUUCACCUGCCCCGCGCAAAUCCGCGGGCCGCUGCAUGUCUCCGUCGGAUGGGUCGGGCCGUCAUGCCCUGUAGCCGAGGAGACAUUCGAGGGGCGUUGCCAGGAGCCACCUCACGUUGCUGACGCAAUACCAACGGAGUGCGACGGGCACCACAUCAACGCAUGGGAAGACGGGAAGAAAUGCCAUCAGGGACCCGCAGGGCACGUCCCCGCCGUCACGCUGCAGUUCAGUAUAUGGGACGCGGAUGACCUAUCUGGCGUCGGCCUGGGAUCCGACGUCUGUGGCUACUACGCGCUCGACAUCAGUCUCGAGUUUCCUGACGUCGCCAGCGGUGGGAGCAGGUCAAGCAGCCCCAGUGGGCAAUCGUGGUCUAUGAGCUCAACGUCUCCCUCCACGUUAACAUCUGCGACAUAG